UUAAAUAUAACGUAUACGUCCCAGUCAACCAAAGCAAAGUGAAACUUCAAAAGAAAAAAUAUCCUUUUUACAAAAAGUUUUAUUUAUAAUUUUAACUUAAAUUUUGGUGUUUUCCACUAAUGUAUAUACGAAAUAAGUUUAACUUAUCUACGAAAUAGAAUAUUUAAAUAAAUAGUUUGAAAUGUUUCUCAAGGAAUUGAUCCGUUUUUCAACCCAACAUCGGACACUCUAUUGCUAUAUGAUUUUAAGUGUUUGGAUAUUUUUACUUAUAGCAGGAAUGUAUAAAUAUAUCGGAAAUACAAAUAACAGUACUUUGGGCUUCCUUAAUGGCAAACGCAUUUAUAUGACAACUAUGGAAGAUGAAGAAGCCACGAAGUUUCGCAAAUACAAACAACGAUGUGCUCCAAUUGACAGAUUGGUUAGAAAGGACGAUGGCGGGAUUUUGGAUGGAUGGAAGCUUCAGGGGGUGUUAUUGGUCAUAAGACAUGGCGACCGAGGACCUAUGUCUCAUGUUAGAGGUGUCUCUUCAAUUGAUUGUGGUGCAAAGGAUGACAACCUCUUGAACAAGUAUCGAUCGUUUUUAUACAACACAACUAGCAGUCCUGCCGGGGCCAAUCACAUGUAUUGGAAUAAACUAGGACCAUUUCAUGGAUUCGCUCUACUUCCUGCAACUGAAAAAUCAUGUCUCCUGGGACAGCUAACAUACAAGGGAAUUGCCCAAUUGUUGCAUGUCGGUGAAAUUCUCCAUCAAAUCUAUGCCCAUCCACUGGGUCUUUUAUUGAAACCCCAACAAACUAAAUCCUACAUUAUUUCAACUCCCCACUCGCUUCUGAAUUCGGAUGAAGUAAUUCUCUACACAACACGUUACCGACGGACAUUCCAAUCAGCCAUGGCUCUACUAUUUCCAUUUCUUCCAUCGGACAAAUGGUUGGCUUUGAAUGUUCGUGAAUCUCAUAGUAUGGCAUUUUGUUUUGCCGACUGUGCCUGUCCACAAGCUGAAACUUUUCGGAAAAAGCUCACCUGGAUGAAUGCUAAUCACAUAAAUCAGCAUCCAGCUGUUGCUGCUGUAGUCCAAUGGAUUGGGGCAACAAUGCUGCAACACACACCGAAUGGAAUAAAUAAUCCAAAUGAAGUAGUCGAUGCAGUUCUCACUGUGUUAUGUCAUGAUGCACCGUUACCCUGCCGAAAGACAUCGUCGAAUACGUCAAAAAUGGUCACUACCGAACCGACGAAUAUGGAUCUUAAUGACGUGAUAAAUAUCGACCAGGAUGACACUGCUGCUAAUUUAGUUGAUACCCCAAUGUCGAAUGUAGUGAGUGAGGAGACAAAUCAGGGUGGCCAAAGUGAAGGUUGCAUCGAACCCAGUCAUGUGGCCGCUCUCAUGUCAUACACCAAUUGGCAGUCUUCAAAAGAAGUCAAUCACUCGUUGUACAAACAAAUCGGACUUCUUCGAGCUUAUGGCAUGAUUCGACACAUGGUGAGUUAUAUGCUCAAAAUGAUCUCAGGUGAUAGGACAAAGUUUGUUCUUUAUUCGGGUCAUGAUUGGACUCUACAAUAUUUGACAGCUGCUCUAGGCAUCAAAACAGAAAGUACAUCGAUUCCAUAUGCCACUCGUUUGACAGUUGAAGUGUAUAAAAGUGACAAGAGUACGGAUUAUUAUUUUCGGGUUUUAUACAAUGGACGGGAUGUUACGCAACAAAUUGAUUUCUGUGAAGGAGGUCGAAGCUUAAGAGUGACUCGAGAUAGUCGUGGAAACAAAGCUGAUUUAUGUCCAAUCGAAAAUAUCAUAAGAUUUUUGCACGAGGAUUACUUUGCUCCUUUGAAUGCGACCAAUUUCAAAGAUGCUUGUAGUUCACCAAAAUUAAAUGAGUUUUAAAACUUAUGCACAUGUAACCUACUCUUAAAUGAUUGAAACUUAUCGAACACAUCUGUCAAAUACGUCUUUGAACCAACAACGUCUAAAGAAAGUCGGCCAGUUUUGUAAACAGGGAUUUCUAUACAAUUUGAAGUUAGAAUCGUUUGACAAUGUUUCUGUCAUUCUUCUUAUUUUCUUCUUAUUAUCGAAAAUUCACACAAUUUAGAAACAUGAUAUCUCUGAACUAUAGGCCAGUUUAUAUUUUUAAGAUUUCUGAGAAUUUUUUCAAAACGAAAAACGAAACAUAUUUUACUAUUAAUUCUUUUUUUACUUUAUUCCCUUUUGAAUUGCGAGAUAGAGAAAUCUUGAGAAAUUGAACCACAAAAAUUCUGUUCUCAGAUUCCUGACAGAUAAAGUGAUAAAUUUCGUUUAUAUUUCUAACAAUACAUAUCUCUUUGAGAUCUUUGAAGUGUUAACUGGUGAAUUUACUUGUCAAAAAGGGGAGUCAAUAUUUGACAGACAAAUGGAGAAAGUGCUGAGAAGUCUUGUUGCUAAAUUUGUAUAAAUAAUUUAACCGAAUUUGUUUUUUAUCGUUUUCAUCUUUCGAGCAGAUGACACUUUAUAAAAUAAAAAAUAAUUAUAAAAAUGACAGUUUACCAAAAAGUUAAAGUAUUUGUGUUCAAUAAUAAAUUGGAGACAAAAAAGUUAAGGUUCCAAAACAACUUUUAAAUAAUUUUUUAGCAUUAGUAAAAACAUACAUAUCGUAUUCAUACAUAUCAAAUGAAUUCUGUGACUGUGAUACAUUAAUUUUUUUAAAUUUAAGGAAAAAUAAACUACAUUACCUACGAUUAUAUGAAAUAAAAAUUUAAAGAAAAACAUUUUAGAAUAUUAAAUUACCUACUAAAAAAUUGUUCCCAAACUCUGUAAAUCCUUCAGUUUGAGUUUCGUACUUAAUUU